UGUUUGGUGAGUCGCUCUGCUGGCUCCCUGGCUCGCCAUUGGCUCUGCGGACUGGAGGGGCUCGCGGAGGGCCGGGAUGCAGUUGAGGGGGCGGGGCUGGCUUCCGGCGGCGGAGGGGAGCGAGCGGCAGCCGGCUGGGGGAGGGGGUGUCGGCGCGCCGCGGAGUGCUGCGCUCAGAGAGCCUGGCACCCGGAGCAGCCGCCUCCCCCUCCCCCUGCCAAGACGCUAGAAACCCCUUCUCUUCCAUCCUCCCGGGGCUCGGGCGAGGAGGGCUGAGCUGCCCCAGGCGGGCGGGGCGGAGCCCGGAGCCCCACCGAGCGCUGCGGAGCGAACCUCACCUCCCUUCCAGGGUUCAAGUGUGAGUGACGGCCUCAUGCUGUGUUGAUGCCGGUCUGCCAUGCUAGCCUGUCUGCCAGGGCCAGGUGACCUGUCCUUUCAGCUUCUUUCUCACACGCAGAUGAACACUGGACUUCAGAAAUGGGACACUACACAGAAAAUGAGAACUGCUCACUACCCUACCCCAGCCGAAUUGGACGCGUAUGCUAAGAAGGUCGCAAACAACCCACUGACUAUAAAAAUCUUCCCCAACAGUGUGAAGGUUCCCCAGCGGAAACACGUUCGUCGUACUGUGAACGGCCUCGACACAUCAGCCCAGCGCUACAGCCCCUACCCGACUCAGGCUGCCGCCAAGGCAGGCCUGCUUGCCAUUGUCAAAGUGCCAGCCAAGAGCAUACUCAAGGACUUUGACGGCACCCGAGCCCGGUUGCUCCCUGAGGCCAUCAUGAACCCCCCAGUGGCACCCUAUGCUACUGUGGCACCCAGCACUUUAGCCCACCCCCAGGCCCAGGCUCUGGCCCGCCAGCAGGCCCUGCAGCACGCACAGACCCUGGCCCAUGCCCCUCCCCAGACGCUGCAGCACCCUCAGGGUAUCCCGCCACCCCAGGCGCUGUCCCACCCUCAGAGCCUCCAGCAGCCUCAGGGCCUGGGCCACCCUCAGCCCCUGGCCCAAACCCAGGGCUUGGUCCAUCCUCAGGCCCUGUCUCACCAGGGUCUCCAGCACCCCCCAACUCCCUUGCUGCAUGGAGGCCGGAAGAUGCCAGACUCAGAUGCCCCCCCGAAUGUGACCGUGUCUACCUCAACUAUCCCCCUUUCCAUGGCGGCCACCCUGCAGCACAGCCAGCCCCCGGACCUGAGCAGCAUCGUGCACCAGAUCAACCAGUUUUGCCAGACGCGGGCAGGCGCCAGCACUACCUCAGUGUGUGAGGGCCAGAUCGCCAACCCCAGCCCCAUUAGUCGCAGUCUGCUCAUCAAUGCAAGCACGCGGGUGUCGACCCACAGUGUCCCCACACCAAUGCCUUCAUGUGUGGUCAAUGCCAUGGAGCACACCCACGCGGCCACAGCCGCACUGCCCGCCGCAGGCCCUGUCAACCUGCCCACGGGCAUCGCUCGAGCCCCCACUGGCUACCCUAGCGACCUCAAGCCAGUCGCCUGGAACCAGCACCAGCUGGCCCACUUACAGCAGAUGUGCAGUGAGGCUGGUGGGACGCCGGCCUCUGGCCUAACAGGCAAGCAUGCGGCAGGACGCGAGUUGGCAGGGCCUGGCUUUGUGGGCAAGGCCCCUGCCUACCCGCAGGAACUCUGCCUGGCACAGUCUUUCCAUCUGAAGCCACCCCUGGAGAAGCCAACCCCAUCCCCACCAGUCAACGGCCUGGCAGCCCCAUUGGCCUACCCCAAUGGUCACUACUUCCAACCCCUGUGGAACAACAUUCUGCCCACUCCCAAUAGCGACAGCUCGGGGUCUCAGGACCUCGCCAUGCCGUUCCACGGUGGGCAGCCUGCGGGUGCACCCCUCGACUGUGCGGCGGCGGCUGCUGGGGCCCACUACCGGGCCGGGACCGGGGGGGGUCCAGUGGCAAGCCAGAACAGCCUGAUGCAAACAGUGGAUUACCUAAGUGGGGAUUUCCAGCAGGCCUGCUUCCGAGAACAGAGCCUGGCCAUGCUGAGCAAGGCCCAGCGAGCCCCUGGCAGCCGAGCCCCUGACCCCACAGAUAGUCGGAAUCUUCAUGUUCAGCACCCUGGGUAUAGAUAGGUAGCCCUGGUGCCCUCCACAAGCUACAUGUCAUACAUCACCCUCCUAGGUUUAGUCUUACUUUUGAGUAAUUGGAUAGUUUCAAAGUUUCACUGCUCCAAUGUGAUCAUUCUUAGAUGUCUAAGAAAGGGAAUUUAGUGGGAUAUAAUUGAGGACAGAGGGGGAUCCUCUUUGCCCUCAUCUUCUCCUCUACCGGCCCCAGCAACUUUUGGGUUUUUGUUGGGACCUAAUCCCUAGUCCAGGCUUUUGUCUCCAAUGCCUGCCUGUCAGUCCACUUCCUACCCCCUGGCCAUUUCCCACCAGCCUCCUUUUGUCUUUUCCUUCACCUCUCAAUUUUUCCCUUAGGACUGAGGUGUGGGCUAAGGGAAGGGCCCCAUAGGUGAGGUAGCUCUGGCACUCAGCCACCUAAGCUAGGCCUCUCCCUGUCUGUCUGUCUCUCUCUCUCUCUGGGACUAAGAAGCCAGACUUCCCAAGUGCUCUGGAAGCCAAUUCCUUAUCUACCCAAAGACCUCAAAUCAAAACUGACCCAGUCUGCAUCUCCUCCCAGCCUUUCUCCAUUCGUCAAGGCUUUGUUUUCCAUCUGCAUUGAUCCCAGAGCUACUGCACUUGUCCUUGGUACACUCCUCAAGGGCAUCCUGCAGGCACGUGGCCAUAGCCUUGAGACAUGAGGGAAAAAAACUUGUCUUUGUGUUGAUACCUUGGUUCCUGACUCCCUUUCCAUCUCUAGAGAAAUGCCAAGACCAUCCGGCAUACCCAAGAUCUUUCUCACUGUUGUCUCUCUCCUAAGUCACCUGCUGCCCUCAUCCCCCACUCCCCCCUCAAAAAAAUUAAGCAAAACAAAACAAAAAAACAGUCUUACUUGAGGAAUUAGGUAGUAGGUAUGGGAUGAUCACAUUGGAGUUUGGAAUAAAAAACACUGAGAAAAAAGUUAAACUGCAUUUGGUUCUCUCUACACUGGCUAAGACUAUUGGUCUACACUGUAAGUUCUAAACGUCCUGUUUCUGUAUGAAUGUAGUGUGGGUUUGAGUAGCAGUGUGUGUGAGCGGCCCCACAGGUGCAUUCACUGUCUAGUCACCUUUCACAGCCCCUCAGUUUAAUGAAGAGAAAAACACAAAGCCUUAAGCUCUUUGAAUUCUCCUUUACCAAACGAGCAUGGUUCUCACAGCUGGAGAUGGGCCUCUACUGGAAACAGCCCCUUCUCCCCCUUGCCCUUUCUUGACCCACUCCGUGCUCAACGUCUCAUUCCCAGGUGACAGUUAGUUGGCUAGAAAUUUAAAGCUUUUCUAUAACUUUAAACUUAGAUGAUGUUUUGUUGUAAUGUUUUGCACCCUUCUGUUAAAGAUGCAUAGUUGGCCUUUUUUUUGCUUUUUUUUUUUUUUUUUUUAAACCAAAUAAGCCCUACCAUUUCCUCUUGUUUCUGGGGAAUGUGAGCUGAUGUUCUUAUUUAAGAUUUUGGGUUUUGUUUACUAUACUAUCCACUGUUCUUUAGCCAGAAAUUCUCUAGUGAUUGAAAGCAAUGUGACUGAAGACCAGUUUUUAAAUUAUGUGUUGGCAAGUUGCCUUAUAUUUAAAAAGAGAAAAAAAAAAAAGAAAAAAAAUGCCUGAUUGUGUUAUGCCAAAUGAUAGAGCAACAUGAAGUCCUAAUUUAUUGUUCCCAGUUGUUUUCCUGCUGUCUGUGAACACUGGUACCUCCCUGUCCUGAGCCCUCAGGAGCACCUGUAGCUUCUGGUGUGAUGCCUUCUCCCAGUGUGUUGGCCACCAUCUCACCCAGGGGCCCCUUCCAGUUCUUGCUUCUCUGAGUUAAAUUCUCUGAAAGAACACCACUGUCUCCUCUUAUCCUUUGCUUGACCUCCAAACCAGAUGUUUUUGCUGUAAUUUUUUCCAAUGCCUCUCCCCAAAAGGUGAGCUGUCACUUUAGGAAAUUGGACCAGACACCAACUUGGGGGCUUAAUAUCAAACCUCAAACCCAUCUCUUCCUGUGUAGGGGUGCAAGUCUCAAGCUCUCCCACCCCUAGUCUGCAUGGAAAAUGUACUGUGACCUCCUGCCCCCUCCCCCCCUUGCCUUUGGUGUGAGAUGUUUCCUUGUUCACCCUGAGCCCCUCUCCCCCUCUGCCAGCCAACCCCCAACCAGCAAUAAGGGUCCAAGCCAGGGCCUCCUAUCCACGCCCCCUGCCUCCAUUCCACACUGCCCCUAGGAAAUACCUGGAUCCCUCCGCCGUACACAUGCUGUAGCAUUCGUUCUCCAGCUCCCUCAUCCUCUCACCUGUGGUGGUUUAUGGGUGUGAUGGGGUUUUUAAGAUUAUUAUAAACCAGUAAAAAGAAAAA